AUGGAUCCCUCCAAGGUUAAUAUCCCUCCUAUGAAAGACUUGACAGUCGACAACAUCACCGAAAAUGUCCACACAAUCAACUCCCUCUGCGAAGACCAGCGCAUGAAAUACAUUCUCGAACGUCUAGUCACCCACCUCCACGACUUCGCCCGCGAAACCCGUCUCAGCAGUGAGGAAUGGAUGACCGGUUUGCGCUUCUUGACUGAAGUUGGUCAAAUCUGCACAGAAGUGCGCCAGGAAUUCAUCCUUCUUUCCGAUGUCCUCGGUCUCUCCAUCCUUGUCGACUCAAUCGAUCACCCCAAGCCUGUCGGUUCCACCGAAGGAACCGUCCUCGGUCCCUUUCACACCCACGAUGCGGAGGAGAUGCCAGCUGGAGAUUCCAUGUCGCAUGACCCCAAGGGAGAGCCCUUGCUUGUUGUUUGUACAUUGAAGGAUAUGCAGGGAAAUCCUAUCGAUGACGUGAAGAUUGAUAUCUGGGAGACGGAUUCUACGGGCCACUAUGAUGUGCAGUAUGCAGGACGUGAGGGUCCAGAUGGUCGUUGCAUUAUGCGUUCCGAUAAGGAGGGUGUCUUCUGGUUUAAGGCCAUUACGCCUGUGCCUUACCCUAUUCCCCAUGAUGGACCUGUUGGACGGUUGUUGAAGAAGCUGCACCGUCACCCGUACCGCCCUUCGCAUAUGCAUUUCAUGUUCCAGAAGCCUGGUUAUGAUCAUUUGAUUACCGCUCUCUACCUCCGUGGUGACCCUUACGAGACCUCCGAUGCCGUCUUCGGUGUGAAGGAUUCCCUUACCGUCGAUAUUGGCAAGGCUGGACCUGAGGUCGCGAAGAAAUAUAACGUGCCUGAGGGUCAUGCCCUCCUCACCUACGACUUUGUUCUGGUGAGUGACGCCGAGACAUUCGAAUUGCGUUCGGAGAACUCCAAAAUUGCUCUUGACAAGCUGGGCCGGAAGGUCAAGAUUAUUAACGGACUCCCUGUGCCGGAUCUGGAUUAA